AUGAUAUCUAUAGCGUAUGUCACCAAAUAUCUGUUUAUGGGGCAGUAUUUACCUCAAGGAAGCAUCCUACAACACGAAAAAGUCAAACUGUUUGUCACCCAUUGCGGGGCAAACUCCGCUCUUGAUAGUAUUCACGCCGUUAAACCGAUGAUCACGUUUCCUGGCUUCGCAGAUCAACCUCUAACCUCAAACAUUCUAAUUAACCUUCGGGUCGCCAAACUGCUGAAAAAGUUCGAGUUCAACCAGAUGAAAGUUCGAAUCGAGGAAAUGCUAGCUGAACCAAAUUACUCCGAGAUGCUUGAAAGGUUAAAGAAGGUCAAAGACGAGCAAGUCAAGAUGGGCGGGUACAAAACAGGCGUGGAAGUUGUCGAGAAGAUUAUUGAAGGUCAAAUUGAGGUCAAUCACUCAAUCGUGUCUGAAGAUGUCGCUGGAUCUUUGAAGGACAGAAUGCUGGGUGAGGAUGAAGGAGUAAAAACAUAG